AUGGGUCUCUGGGAGUCUUCAUUGGCACCGCCCCAGUUGGGGGACAACCGCUCUUACACCGACUUAUUGACCUUUGCUUUCGGCGGCCCUCGUCCCUACAAUGAACACCGGCCGUUAUUCAUUGAUGCUGAACACCCUUCCUGUUCCCUCAAUGCUCUCCAAUUCCGAUUAUUAGUGCGAACCCUUAUUGCUGGGUUAAAGGCUCAUCAUGUGCAAAAAGGUGAUUGCGUUCUGGUCCACAUGGGAAAUAGCAUCCUAUACCCCGCCCUUUUUUACAGUAUUGUCGGUGCUGGCGGUGUGUUCAUGGGCUCGAAUGCCCGCAGUCAGCCCCAAGAAUUAGACCACAUCCUUGAAUUGGGUAAUCCCAAGUUGAUCAUUACGACGCGCGAUGCCCUACCUACAGUCCUCGACGUCUCGGCCGAUCGAGGCAUGCUUCCUAGUCAAGUGUGCUUAGUGGACGAGGCUGCUACAAGCCAUGUAGCCCAAUUGUUGUUGUCGGGUCCUCUGACCUACGCUGCAGCCAUUGCCCCAUAUCUGCCUCGCGGUGGAGACAACUACUACCUGAACUUCGCACAUCUCCUCGGCUACGGCGAGACCGGUUGGCUCUUUUUCCAAGAUGAGGCCAUUGCAAAAUCCACGCCGGCAGCGAUGUUCUCCACCAGUGGCACGGGAGGGUUACCCAAGGCUGCCAUACUAUCUCACCACGCUAUAGUAUCACAUCACCUUAGCAUUUAUUACGAUGUACCCUAUGAGGCGACCCGCCUGAUGUCACUGCCCAUGUUCCACCUUUUUGGUGCCCUCUGGACACACAUCUUCCCUAUUCGAUAUGGACAGCCACUGUUUAUCUUGCCUCGCUUUGAUAUUGCCCAGUAUGUGGCGGCUGUAUAUCAGUAUCAGAUCACAGAGGCGUAUAUGGUACCUGCGAUGAUUCAUGCCUUCAAUCGCUGUGCAUUCCCAGCUGCAGACUACCUUCAGUCAUUGCGAUACGUUGGCGUAGCGGGGGCUCCGAUUGAUGGGGCCUCCAUGCAGCAGUUCCAAGAACUGCUCCAUGUCGAUGCCAAUGCAUCCCAGCUUUGGGGUAUGACCGAAGUGGGUGUCGUGUUCCAAAACCGUUACGGGGAACCUGGCAAUAGCGGAAGUAUUGGGCGGCUCGUCCCGGGAUACGAGAUACGACUGGUUGGACAAGACGGCAACCUGGUUGUGGACGAUAAUAAGCCAGGGGAGCUGUUUGUGCGAGGUAACGGCGUGCUUACUGGCUACAAAGGACGAGAUGAUGCCAAGGACGCGCAGGGGUGGUUCCGCACCGGUGAUGUGGCGUAUGUGAACAAUGGGUUAUAUUACAUUGUCGGCCGAACGAAGGAGUUAAUCAAAGUUCGAGGUUGGCAAGUGGCUCCAGCCGAAUUGGAGGCUGUACUCCUCAAGCAUCCUGGCAUCCAGGAUGCAGCGGUGACGGGCGUUACUUCUAAAGACGGUAGCACCGAAGUGCCACGAGCUUUCGUGGUCCGCGCGAGACAGCCGGCCGGGAUGCAGUUGACGGAGGAGGAGGUGUACAUGUACUGUCGACGACAAUUGGCCAGCUACAAGGCGCUCGACGGGGGUGUGAUCUUCGUGGAGGAGAUUCCACGCACGGCGAGCGGGAAGAUUCAACGGUUCAAAUUGACGCAGAUGAACACGUACCGCGACAUAGUAUCGUCGCUCUUGGCGCGGUUCAAAGGAACAAGUGGCCUCCAGACAGUUGGUCUCUUGCAUCAAGGACGUAUUACUGUUUAG